AUGAAUAACUACCUUCUUGUCCUUGAAGUCAAAGUACGUGAAGAAGCACGUGAAGAAGCACGUGAAGAAGCACGUGAAGAAGUACGUGAAGAAGUACGUGAAGAAGCACGUGAAGAAGCACGUGAAGAAGUACGUGAAGAAGCACGCGAAGAAGCACGUGAAGAAGCACGUGAAGAAGUACGUGAAGAAGUACGUGAAGAAGUACGUGAAGAAGCACGUGAAGAAGUACGUGAAGAAGUACGUGAAGAAGCACGUGAAGAAGUACGUGAAGAAGCACGUGAAGAAGUACGUGAAGAAGCACGCGAAGAAGCACGUGAAGAAGCACGUGAAGAAGCACGUGAAGAAGUACGUGAAGAAGUACGUGAAGAAGCACGUGAAGAAGUACGUGAAGAAGUACGUGAAGAAGCACGUGAAGAAGCACGUGAAGAAGCACGUGAAGAAGUACGUGAAGAAGCACGUGAAGAAGUACGUGAAGAAGUACGUGAAGAAGCACGUGAAGAAGUACGUGAAGAAGUACGUGAAGAAGCACGUGAAGAAGCACAUGAAGAAGCACGUGAAGAAGUACGUGAAGAAGCACGUGAAGAAGUACGUGAAGAAGCACGUGAAGAAGUACGUGAAGAAGUACGUGAAGAAGCACGUGAAGAAGCACGUGAAGAAGCACGUGAAGAAGUACGUGAAGAAGCACGUGAAGAAGUACGUGAAGAAGCACGUGAAGAAGCACGUGAAGAAGUACGUGCAGAAGCACGUGAAGAAGCACGUGAAGAAGUACGUGAAGAAGCACGUGAAGAAGCACGUGAAGAAGCACGUGAAGAAGUACGUGAAGAAUCACGUGAAGAAGCACGUGAAGAAGUACGUGAAGAAAUACGUGAAGAAGCACGUGAAGAAGCAAAUCAGACGUGUAUGCAAAUUAAGGAAGCAAGAGAAAGGUCAUUAAUCACUGGGUUUCCUUCAGCGCUGAUACAACACACGAAACCUGAGGUCUCAGGAGCAUUAUUGAGGUCUCACGAGCAUUAUUGA